GACAAAUAAUAUUUAACUUAUGUUUUAUCUGUAAUGAAAAGCGGUAAACUGUGAUCUCGUGUGUAGUUUUGUUUGUAGUUGAAUUAAGCGUUUUAUUAACUAUUAAACACAUUAUACGUUUAGCAAAAUACCAAAAUGGCAUCUACAUCCAAGCCACGCUCGGAGAUGACUUUGGAGGAAUUAGCAAAGAUAGAAGAAGAAGAAUUUAGCACAGGUCCUCUUUCAGUACUCACACAGUCUGUAAAAAACAAUACACAAGUGUUAAUAAAUUGUCGAAACAACAAAAAGCUAUUGGGUCGUGUUAAGGCUUUCGACCGGCAUUGUAACAUGGUAUUGGAAAAUGUCAAAGAAAUGUGGACCGAAGUACCGAGGACGGGAAAAGGCAAAAAGGGCAAAGCUGUAAAUAAGGACAAAUUCAUUUCAAAAAUGUUUCUCCGUGGGGACUCAGUUAUUUUAGUUUUAAGAAACCCACUCGCAACUGCUGCGGGGAAAUGAAAUGAUAGGUUUAAAAAAUUCCAGUUUUAAAUAAAAUUUCUUAUUCUUAAUAUAAGUUAAAAUAUUGUUAAAAUCUUGAAAUGGGAGUAACUACAGAAUAAGUGUAAACUGAACUUUUAUACAUUUGUACAUGUGUUGAACCAUUGAUAAUAUUAAGUUCAAAUAAGAUUAAAACCCAUAAACAAAUAAAUAAUUUCCACUGGC